AUGAAACUGUUUUUGGUCGAACUGAAGCAGAAAAAUGCAGCGCGCAUCGCAAAGACGCUGCUGUUGGUAGCUUUGGUUGCAUUCUUCGCGAUAACGUCGGUUUUCGCAAUCAGGGACCUACUUGCGUACACGCAUGCAGAUACGAUCAAAAACAUUGAUCAUGGAGGCGAAGAGCGUGGAGAUUGA